CUGUUGAUCAGAGUGAGGUCACAGAUGCUUCCUUCAGUUCUGAAGAUGGCUCAUUCUCGUCAGUCGAGUCUCCAAGCUCAGCAAGCUCAUCUUCUACAGUGAUUACAGAGAACACCAAAGCACAGAGAAGACGACUGGUUGAAGGACCACCUGACAGUGAGAUGGCAAAAAAUAUUGUCUAUGUAGCUCUGCACCAAAAACCAGGGGGAGAAGAUGUAAUAAAAGAGUACAACAAGACCAGAAGUCUCUCUGAUCCAACAAGAAAGAAACUUGUCAACAUUUUAGUGGCGGAUAUGAUUGAAAGUCAUGGGAGAGUCCCUCCUGUCAACGUUCGCAUUACCUACGCCCUGGGAAUUGUCACCCUCUUCCCCAGUUUGAAAGAUAAUGGCUCACCGACUGGCUAUGAACAUUACUAUGAUCCUCUCAGUGGACAGGGCUAUCUGGCCUAUCGAUUGAAAACAGUUCAGCGUAACACUGCAAGUGACUUCAAGAGGAGCUCCAAGUCUGCUCAUCAAGGCGGCCCGAGAACUCUGAGGGAGACCUUAACAUCUAAACAGCUGUUUGGUGAUGGAUGCAAAGAAGCAAUGUCCAUGAUGAAACAUUCAUCAGACCAGGAAGUUGUCAAGGAGAAAAUGAAGGCAACAUUUAAGCAUAGACAGAAUAUGCUUCAUGAUCUGGACCAGUCAUCACUCAUCUUGGAUCACUUCCCAAGAUUCUUGGAUACACCAGGCUUAAUUGAGCAGGACUUCAUCAUGCUCUUUGGAGAAGACAUCUCGGGGAAGUUCAUCGCAAGAUGGCCAACAUUCUAUAAACCGAGGGUCACCACUGUCAGCAAAAGCCUUCGAUUUGUGGGGACAAGCAUGGCGACCUUCCUUGCCAAAGUUGGAUCUGCACAGCCCUUCCUCCUCUGCGUUGGAGAAAAGAAGAGCAGGAUACAGAAAUUCUACAUCAUCCUGGAUCAGAAGCCCAUUCCCUGUGUUGCACAGACUGCAGUGGCUGCCUUCGAUGAACUGUUUAAGGCACACUUUGUGUUUGCUGUGUCCUAUGAUGCAACCCUCCUCAACUUCUACACAUUCAUCCAAACAACGGUUUAUGGCAUUGAUGUUGCAACAACAAAGGAGAGUGAGGAUUAA